AUGGCCAGAGACCGGACUGGUCGGGACUGCGCAACAACCUGUAAAGCGGACGGCCUGGAAAUCCGAUUGUCCGUAACGUACGACACAGGUGUGAUCAUCGAUAAACGAUUGUUCUAGCGAAAUUCCGGUAAAAAAAACCCCAGACGAUUCGCGGCUUUCGGAACCUUUUUUUUAUAUCGAUUAAUAAUAUUAUAAUGCAUAAUUAAUAUCGGCCGGUGUAUUUCACGUCCCGAAGGAACGGUAAAAAUCAAACCGUGUAGAAAACCGCGUGUUUUGUUUUCCAACGUUGGUCGGAUGAGGAAAUUUAGCUUUAAUUUAAUCAAUCGUCUGUUAGAAGUACGAUUUGUUACGAUAUGAUUUUUUUUUUUUUCUACGUUGUCGUUUCACGCGAAAUUCGUCGGAAAAUAAAACCACGGGGCCGCCCGACCAAUUGCCCGGCAGCGUUAAUAAUAUUACGGAGGACCGGGGCGAAAACGAGGAUCUUCGAAGCGGCGGUGUAUUAAUACGGCGGCGGCGACGAUCCUUCGUCGUCUUCGGCGGGCGAGUUGCUGUCGGUGGGUGGGGGAGGGGCGGUAGGAGUGAACGCGGGCAGAUGUCGGCGGCAGGUACGCAGGCCGCGCGCGCGCGCACACGCACACGCACACGCGACGCACGCAUUACAAAACCGCGCACGCACACACGCACACCCGUUCGCGGCGGCGGCGGCGGCGUUACGGACGGUUUCGGUCCUCGGCCAGUCGUCCGCUGUCGACCGUUCCGCGCGUACGUCAGCCUCACGUCAGAUCGCCGUCCGUCCGAAUACCGCGCGUUCGUCGUGUGUUGCCCGCGUAUUAUUUUGCGACUAUUGUCGAAAACACCCCGAACCGUUGUAUUUAUUGAUUUAUUUUUCCCCCUGAACGCGAUUCAAUAUUGUUUUAUCGCGUCGUCGACGAAAAAGCGAUCAAUAUUAAUUAUUAUAAAAAAAAUUUAAAUUAUCCCGUAUUACGCCCGGACGACUAGGACGACGCGUGCUCCGUACAAUACAAUUCGGGUGGCGUGUGUGCGUUUUCCGCGCGGUGUGCGCCUCCUGCUUCGCGUAAUUUUCGCGAAAUAUUAUGUCAAGAUAGAAUCAUGACGGCGCCCGCUGUUAUCCGACUCGAUUGUAAGUAUAACGCACCUGCGACGAUACGAAAUAAUUUGUGAAAAAUCGGCAUCGGUAUGGGUAGUUUUUUUAUGACGGGUUUUUUUGUUUGUUUUCUCUCUCCGCGGCUUACACGUUGCCCGUCGACAUUCGGCGUUUCGUUGUUGUUACAAUGUAUCCGGGCGCUUUGGAUCCGGUGCGGCGAGUCGUCGCGGGAAAAAAAACCGGAAUCGACGAAGGAACUGUGAGAUUUCCUUUACGCGGGUCGUGUCACACACGGACGGAGAUUUGACGGUUUUUUUUUUUUUCAGAGUUGGGAUUGGUGGUGAUUAGAAUAGUCCAAACAUUACGACUGGUUUAUUUUAUCGUGCGUAAAACACGAAUUUCAAAGGAAAUUCGGACGAUUUUGACGGGCUAAAGUCGCCACUAUUACGAUAGGUGUUCCGGUGCCUAUAUAAUACGCCAUGUGGAGGGCGGCUCGGGGGCUGCAGCACCCCGCGAGGUGGACAAACUGAAGCUAUAAGGAAUUUAUUGCAAGAGUCGGGCAAACUGUAUAUGAGCGCCUAAAAUAGUGAGCCCUGUCCCGUAACGUUUUAAAAGCUUGGCGCCUACACCUAUACUCGUAGGUUUCGUAUCUGUUAUCUAUAUAAUAGUGAAAUUCAUUUGCGAAGAAGAUGUUUCCGUGUUUGUUUCGUCGUUCGUCGUCAAUAUAAUAAUAAUUAUGGUGGCGGGGGCGAGGAGAGGGAGGGGACACGGUUCGCAGGAUGUGUUUUAUUUUUAACCGAGAUCUCGACUCGCGGAGGGCCGCGACGAUGACGUUUCCGAAACAAUAAUUAUAUUCCGUCAUUAUAUCGUACGCGAGGAGGGACACCCGGCACGCACAAUAUAUACACAUAUACACAGGCAAUGUCCCGAAAAAAAAAAUAAAAAAAAAAAAAAAAUCUCCGAUACACAAAAACGGUUUCCGGCUUGGUUGUUUUUACGGGAUUUCAGUAAAACAAAGGGGUUCGGUAUGCGAUGUUAGAAUUGAAGAAACAAUUUAAAAAAAAAAAAAAAAUCUAUUUACCCGUAGUGACGGGCAUUUGAUCGGCUAAAUUAGAGUAAAUUGUACGUGCAAAGUUGUUGUUUUUUUUAUACAUGUGUACUUAUAUCAAUUGAAUAUAGAUACUUGGUAAACGAACAUAUUAUGGCAUCACUUUUUCAUUAAACGUUAAACGGUGUCGUUUAAUAUUUUGAAACAAAAACACAACAAUAACAGUCUUUACUUGUGUGUCUCCAGAGAUAUCACACCAUUUAACCGAAUCAACGAAAACUCGUUGGUGAUUUUUUUUUUUUUUUUUGAAAUUAUAUUUUUGUCCAGACGGAUUGGAAAAAAAAAUAUUUACUCCGUUUUCGGGCGGGUAAAUGUCCGAAAAUAUCUGUCCACCGUUUUGGUAUUUACUCGAAACAUACCGCGCUAUCCGGUCGAUUUCUUUUAUUUUUUUUUUUUAAACAAAAAGGUAUUCAAGGUUUGUCAUCAGUCGUUGAAAAUCCUUUAAUUUUCGCCUUUCUCGUGUUGUACACCUAGAAGCCCUUUUUUCGCAUGUGCGCGCAUAUCUCGAAAAAUACUAGUAAUAUAGUGAAUAUAGUGAAUAUAUAUAUAUAAUAUAUUUAUAUAUAUAAUCCCCACGCCAAAAGCGAUCGGAAACGAUAGUAAUAUACAGAGAUACGCGGGUAUUUUUAUUAUUAUUAUUAUUAUAGGCGAGGUUGACGGUUUUACGAUUUUCGGGACCCCGUCUCCUCCUUGUUAUAUACGACAACGACGACGACGACAUGGCCCGCGCGCGCGUUUCUUUUGAAAUUUACCACAGAGAUCCCGUUCUGCAGCGGCCACGACUGGCGCGCGGAGACCGGGGGUGUGUGUGCGUGUGUGUGUGUGUGUACAUCGGUAUAGAAAAUACCGAUUUUAACGACCCGAACUUAUUGUGAACAUGAAAAAUAGAUUACGGCUGUCAUAUAAAUAUGUGUACACGCACGCGGGCCGCGCACCGGCGGAACAGUGUACGAGGAGGAGCGAAGGACGUAUAGGGUAUACGGCCGUCCACGUAAUAUAGGUAUACGCGUUGCGCACUUACACACCACCGCCGCUCUGCGCACGCAGCAAUAAAAACACCAUUUAAUGAACCUAUUCGAAAAGUGUAUAAAAAAAUUUUUUUUUCACAUCUCCGAGCUCCUCCUAAUUGCGCGUGCCCGAAUUUGUACACUCGUAUAAUGCGUAUGACCGAUCCGCCGGCCGGUCGUGCGAGUCUUAUCGAAUCGUGCGACGAGGUUUAACAGCCGUUUCAACCGCUGCUCGCUAACAGACGCGAUUGUAGGGGUAAUACGCGUCGUAACAUAUAUAUAUAUUUAUAUACGCACCUAUGCAAUAAUAUUAUAAUCGUAAAUAAUUAUCGGUCCGGUAAAAUGUAUUUUAUCGCGGGUAAGUUUUUAAUGUGCCGCAGUUGUUUACGCGACGUGACGUGUACGCGCGAAUAAUAAUGCAAUCGUUAAAUCUCGCGGACGACGACAUAUCGUGUAACGCGUUGCACUGUAAUGUUGUAGAUGUUCUCCCGACGAAAUCGAACGGAUCGGAAAUUAUAAUAUUUUUAACACCAGCUGUCCGCUGCUGUCCUCGCCGGCUUUGACCGUGCGGUAAUGAAAAAAAAAAUCUAUAGUUUCUCCCUCGGUAUUUUCGCGUAGUAUUUACAUAGCCAUACGGACAUAUUGUAGGUAUUAUUGACAGAACUCUAGCGUAUUUGUCGAUUAUUUUUGCGCAAAUUAAAAACUCGAUCGAGUCCAAGUUUCCGAUUUUCACAUUUAUAUUAUGAAUAUAGACAGUUGCCCGGCGUUGUCCGUGCCAAGAUAGAGUUUAAAUUAUUUUUUAUUUUUAUUUCAUCCAUAUCACCAAGGAAAUCCAUAAUAAAUGAACAAAACGGGCGAAUAACGGUAGCUCGUAUGUUAUUUCUGGUCUUGAACUGCAUCCAUGCAAAGUUUUAGGUAAAUCCGUUCAGUAGUUUUGGAGUGAAGGGGUGAUAACAAACAUCCAACCUAACCAACAUUCACAUCCACAUUCUACUGUGGGUUAUCCUCAGGAAAUAGGUGACAUAUACUACUCUAUACUAUUUCUGUGUAGGCCUUUUUAACAUACACAAUUCCGUAGUAAAUUAUUUUAAUGUAUCUCAAAGUUUAACCAGCGUUUGCAAUAUAAGCUUCCGAAAAUAUUUAUUUUUUUUACGAAUUUACUACAAAAAAUUGACUUUUCUCUACUUUGUAUAAAUAUGCAUGCAUAAUAUUAUUAUAUUUAAGAAGAAAUUCGACAAACUAGUGAAAACCGUACUAAUAACUGAUUGCGUAGUUUAGAAGAAUUAAGCGCACAGACAGACGCAGAUAGCGACUUUGUUUUACACUAUUUAGAAUCAAUAAAAAUUGUACGAAAAAUUACCAACUUUUAUCGUUAAUUAAGACAACUACGUGGGAAAUCAAAAAACUAUUUUUCUUCUGCUCUGAAAUUUGCGCACGUUAAAGAUGCAGAACUUCCACGCGGUGAUAUUUUAAUGAAAAUAUUAUUCAAAAUUCUCAACAGUUCGCAAAGUAUUCAAAUAAACGUAUUCGGAAUAUUAUUAUUGUUCCCGUGUAUUAGAAUAUUUAUUUUGUAUACUGUAUAAACUGUAUUUACCCAUGUUUGUUUAGGGAAUUACAACCCCCCUUCCCGAAAUGUAUCCGACAGUAUCUUUUAAAUGCACGUAUAGUAUUGAGUUAUAGAUAAAAUUCUAAGCAAUUUUAAACGUAGUUAGCCGCUCAAUUAUCAAACUUAAUAUUGUAUAGGUUCGUUCAACCCCCUAAAUGUAUGUGUAGAAAAUCAGCAUUUAAAAAAAAAAAAAAAACCAACGGAGAUUACAAAAUAAACGCCUUUCACCCGCACCAACAUUGUUCCGAUUACGUCUUUACUGAUUAUUGCUAUCAUUACUGUUCCUAUAAUAUAAUAUUUAUCCGUUUUAAACUUUAUUUUUUUUUUGUGAGUCGGCAAUUAAUGUUGUUAAAAACAAAUAUUAUAUCUCGAGUUUUACUCAAAAACUUAUACAUCAAGAUGGAACAUUUAACGUGAAAACGCGUUCCGGUGGGUGGAGUUUCAUUUCGAGGAUAGAAACGCGUAAGGUAAUAAACAGUGUGUCAAUUGGCUAUUCUCAGUGUGCAAAUUUGCUCUCUCUCAAACUGGGCCUUACAUAUCAACCUGUCUCUCUCCGUUCUGAGUUUCGGACCGACCACGCCUCCCAGUCCUCGGGGUGAAUGUCGCGUCUAAACCAGCGGUCAAUAUAAUGCGGGCCGCAUGGUGAGGACUGCUGGUCUGGAUGUAUAUAAGUGCAUGAUUAUACUAAAGCUAAUUCGCGGGUUAAAGGUGUCUGUGGAUCAAUUACGCGGGAGGAGGAGGAGAGGGAUAUUUUUGACGAAUGCAACGUUAUGUGUGUCGAGUAAGAACAGCGGCAUAAUAUUAUUAAACAACAAUAUUUAUGUAUAUUACAGAAUAAUAAUACGCUAAUAUAGUAUUAAUGGACGCGUUAAAUAGAUGUUGUAUAAAAUUCGUCAAUAAUUGCAAUUAUUGUCAAAUACAGAUACACCCUGAACACAGCCUGUGUAUUGCCUGGAUUUUUAUGUAAACACGUAUUUAUAAUAUUAUAUACACGACUUGGAAUAAUAAUAUUUCGGUUAAAGGCGCGUAGACGUUUUCGUAUAAUGCGUAACGCGGCAAUUCUAUGGUUCAUUUUUUUUUUCUCAAAAUUUGCAUAUUCGAGUAGGUAAUACCCGUUCGCAUAUAGUAUAAUAUUGUUCUAUAUAAUGCGGCACCGAAAUAAGUCGCAUAUUUUAUAACAAUUAAUAAUUUCGCUCAGUUAGUUUACAUUUUUGAUUGUACGUGUAUAUUAUACACAUUUUCUAUGCAUAUUUUUGAUGUUUCGUGCGAAUCAAAUAUAUGUGCGUGUUGUUAUCUAAAAUUUGUUCCGCGUAAAAAAUCCGGGCUCCAUUUAUUUUCGAGGACGUUAUCGUUUUGGCGCCAGUAUAUAAUAAUAUUUUAACAUCGCGAAAACGCACUUGUUUACACGAUUGCCGCAGUAUUGUAGGUGUAGUAUAUGUAUAUUAAAAGUGGCGGAUAUCCUAAAAAAAAUAUAGGUGUAGCGAAAUAUAAAGGUAACCGUUAGCCAGGGGCGUUGGUAAGAGGGGUUUGGCGAAUUAAAUCACCCCUGUUUUGAAAGACUAAAGGAGUUCAUCAAUUAUUGGUUCAACUCCCAAAUCGCUCCUAUUGCAAAUAAUUGGUGUUGUUAGAAACUUCCCCUCCCAUAAAUAAUCUACAUUUACUCCUAUGCCACCCACCAUUGCCGAUUAUUCAUUCAUGUUAAAUCUCAUUUACUCAAUAGAGUGCGAUUAACACGUUAUACAAUACAAAUUAGUAUACCGAUGAUGCCCGUACUUCGUGAUACGGUUUUAGAUAAAUCGUGCUCUAAAAUAAUUAAUAACGGUUAAAGAUUGAAGUAGAUCAUAUUUUGUUGUAUCGUAAAAUACUAUAUUAUUCAUUUGCAUUUACUUACACAGACCCCUCCCUCUCCCAUCCACCACUAAAUAUACACUUACCGUCGGGGUACCUAUAAAGGCAUAAAAUAUACAUAUAUAUAUAUAUAUACUCGUAUAUAAACCAUCAUAAUUAUAUUCGUCGUGAGUUUACGGUUUUUUUUUUCUGUUGCUCGAAACACAUUAUUCUUUUUAUAAAAAAAAAUCGAGUUAAUAACCCGAGUUUUUAAAAUAUUUUACACGGUGGUUUAUAAGUGCACAUUUCUCGAUUCUUGAAAUGUAUGUUAUACGUUUCAGCUGAGAUCCAAAAAAAAAAAAAAAAAGCUUGAUUUCAAAAUAUUGAAUACAAAAAUCGACCAUUUCCCGGAUCCGGCUUUUAAAUGCUUCGUAACGAAACCUUUUUAACUGUUUGACAGUUUGGACUACAAUAGUGAUGGGUUCAACGUUCAGCGCAUUCGAAUGAACGCGUUCACGAUUUCGAUCGAAUGGUUUAGUAAAAAAAAAUAAAGACAGUCGAUAAUCGAAUUCGAAACGACCACUGCGACUCGUUUGGUCGCGCGUACACUGGAGAGCGUCGAGCGUUAAAGGUGCGCGCAAUGCAGACCGUUACUUUUGGAUGUUGCGGUUUAUGUAACAUUACAUAGAACCGGGGUCGACAAUUAGUGUCUAAGGGCAAACGGAUGAUUUGAAUACAGAUUUUCCGGACGAACACAGAGACGAAUAAUUAAAACAAAAAAAACCGGCGUUAAGUAAAAAAAAAAAAAAAAAACGUUAGCGGUUCGUUUGUUUCCCCUGCGCGGACCGGAUCGUGUCGUCCGUCACGGUAGAUCGUCUUGCGAUUCUUUGAGAAUUUCACGCAAACGGUGGUCGGAAAACAAAAGGGUUGGAAUCCGUCACGGGAAAAUCUACGGAGUCUCCCAUUAUUGGAUUUUCGACUUGAGAAAGUCUCUCUCCGCGUACCCAUAUUUACCGCGCGAUUGUUGUUUUUAUACCCGUAAAGAGCGAACUGCCACGCCGCGCCGCUGUAUCCAAACGCUGUUCGCGGCCGCGUAACGUGAUUUUCACCAGCGCCGAGCGUCGAAAUCCGAACAUGUCCGAUUCGCGUUCGUAACCGACGCGGCGCAUACACGCGCUCUGUUUUAAAAUCCUGCGAGUUCGAAUGGUUUUCGCGACAACGCUCUGCGAUGGGCGCGACAUUAAACGCGGACAAACCAAUAGUUUUUGGACGUUGACGAACGCGCGAUUAUAGCGCGUGUUCUCUAUUCCGGUAAAACGGACACGGCGCAUACUGACGGGGAGCGUAAUCAUCCCGGCCGGAGGUAAUUCGACAAAAACGCAAGAAAAAAAAAAACAUACAUACGAGAGAUCGCUCUGUAUACACAAUAUUAUGUCGAACGUAUUAUUAUUGUUACGCGUGCGACGCGCCGCACGACCGUUUGAAAACUCCGCGGCCGACCGUCGAAUCCGCGUCAUGGCGCCGCCGCCGCCGCCGCCGCCCGCGUUCCCGCGUUUCCGUAUUCGGAACAAUAAUAAUAACGACACGGGCCGACCGUUCUCUCGCGGCACGAGUGUUUUGAACCCGCGUCGAUUCUGCACGCGCGCUCUCGGCCGCGCAACGCUAUUGUGAUACGUUGCCCGCGCGCCGGAGACCCGCGCAAAUAUCGUCGCGCUACCUGUAAACGCGCGCCCGGACGUAAUAUAAUGUGCACGCACAAUAAUAAUUAUCGUAACGUUAUUGCCGUGUUCCGUCCGGAAAUCGACGGGCGACCGGUCGGUAUUCUCUGUUCUGCGGGCGUUUUCCGUUUUGUUUCUGCCGCGCGCGCGCAUGUAUGCGAUACCGGCGGCGGCGCGAUAUUCCAAACGCGUAAUUUCUCGAAACGGGCGCCGCGAGCGACGAGCGACCGCCCGCGCGCGAAACGCGCACAGCGGAACAGUGGGUGGUGGUGGCGUAUCGCAAACAACACUUUGGCCGGUAUUUCGCGCACGCGCGCGCGGCGUACGGUGUGUGGCGCGGUGUUUCGGACUCGAGUCGGGGUUAUUCGGCGGGCCGUUUCGAACGCGCGCCCCCGACGGAAUUCGGCUCGGGACGAAUCCGACGGCCGGAAAAAAAAAAUACCAAAAGCCGCGCCGUCGGGGGGCCUAGGACUCAACGGCGCCGAAGCUGUAACGCAACGCGCGUCGCGAAUCGUUAUACCCGUACAAUAGUACGCGCCGGACGUUGGUCAUUUUAAUGCGAAAUAUAACGCGUAAUGUAUUUUCAAACAUUUUAUAUAUAAUAGGUAUAUUUGUAAAAAAAAAACACCGGACAUCGUACGCGCCGCGAGCCGGCCACUGUUGCAGGCAGAGGAGUCGGGAAGGUAGGAUAUAUGCAGUAGGGGAAUUCGAUUUAUAUCUGCACGCAACGGUUAAUCGUUGCCAAUGAAAACCGAUUCCUAGCGGAGAUUUUCGCUUUUUCAACAGUGUCUCUUGUCGCGUGUUGGUCGGAGCGAGCCGAAAUUUCGUACACAGUUAAAAAAAUAAAAAAACAAUACACAUCAUUGUAAAACCAAUACAUUCCCCACUUUGAUCAGAAUCUAUCAAAAAUAUUCCAGUAUCUAUAUGUAGAUACAGAAAUCAAAGAAUUACCAAUUUAUACGGUAACGUACUUAAUAUAGUAAAAACAAAAAUAAUAAAUUUGAUUGUUAUACAAAUGUUUGCAUACCUAUUUUAAUCUGCAUUAACACCUACUCGACUAAAAAUAAUAUAAUAUAUUUUACUAAUAUUGCAAACGCAAAAGUGUGUAUGGCGAUGUAUGCUUGUGUAUUAAUACAUCUCGUCCAAACUACUGAACGGAUCGAGCUGACAUUUUGCACAGAUGUAGUUCCAGACCAGGAGGCAGGAGUAACAUACUCUGCUCAUCCGUUUCCGCCUUCUAUAAAGGGUUUACAGACAGAAAAAAAAAACAAACACUUAGUACAACCAAUAUUAUACCAUUCCUUGUUUCACCCGGAAUUUAAAUACAGUACGUGAAAUUUAUGUGAUUUUUAUGAUUUCCAUUAAAGUUUGAACUUUAAAAGUUUAUAAAAUAAAAACGGCAACUUUUUUCUUCUGAUUAUCAACUAUAAUUCCUUAUAAAUCCUUUGAUAAAUUGUCAGACAUUUCAGCUAAAACAAUUUUAUCCAUUAAAAUCAAAAAAUAAAUUUAAAAACCUGGAAAAUAUCAAAUGCAUAUAAAUAGCUAAAAAAAAAUGGUCAGAUUGUUUUGAAAUUUUUACGGCUUCUAGAAAAGGUUAAUAUAUAAGUAUCAUGUGAACAUUUUAGUUUUAUCGGAUUAUUUUUAUCCGAAUUCCCUAGUUUUGCUCAGAUUUAAAUGAUUUUCCAAGUGAAUUCCAAAAAAAGGAUCAAGUUUUAGACCGUUUACAAUAUUCUUUUUAAAAAAAAGAGGUCCUGAGCCAUGUUAUAUUGUUAUACUACAUUUUGAAAAAAAAAAAAGUGUGGCAUCAGGUGACAUUACCUGCAACAUGAUGUUUAGGAAUCACGGUUUAGAAAAGUUCUGUAUUCGUUUUGGAAAACUCAAGUUAUAUAAUAACUAUACAUUUUUCUAAAAAGUGAAAUAUUGUUAUAGGCGGUCGAAAAUAGGUAUUUAUGUGUAAACUUGGUAUUUAGCUCGACUGCCAAAAUAUACAAGUUAUUAAAUUCAACGUGUUCUAUAUUUAGUUAUGUAUAAUUGGGUUUAUUUUAUGGUUAUUUCAUUGCUUUUUUUGAAAAAUGUUUUAUAAGUAAAUCGAACUAUAAAAAAAAUUAUAAUACUGAUUACAAGUAGGUCAUUGUUGUAGGUGGAUAAGUUGGCAUAGUUGUGAAUAUUUGUGAUAUACACGGUAAUUUGGUUUAUGUACUUUAUAUCAGUGGUCUUCAACCGGUGGGUCGCGUUUUUGGGUCGCGAUAAGUUUUCUUUUUAAAAUAAAAAUUAAGUUUAUACAGUUUAAAGUUUAUAAAAUUUAAAGCAGUGGUUUUCGACCUUUUUGGACUCACGACCCACUUUUUUAGGCGUACAUUAUUCGCGACCCACAUAAGGUAUACAUAAAGAAAAACGUUUGUAGAAAAAAAAAAAAAAAUCUAAAAUUACUUAAUACUUUGUAGUACUACUGUUAUAACCGAAUAAAUAAAAAUAAAAAAAACUUUUUAACGGAUAUGUAAAUAUGACUAGAAUAGUAACGGGACUAACAUUUAUUCGUCUUUAAACAAAACGACAACACCGACAAUGUUAGUAGAUUAUGGGGCUCUUUAACGAUAAUAAUAUAAUAAAUUUAUUUUAUUACCAGCCCGGUUUACUCGUAAAUUAUUAUAUUUCAAGUCAUACUACGUAGAAUCAUACCAGUGUAUGAAACAUAUACUUUGAUUUGAAAUCCAUUAUACUAUUAUAAUUUUGAAUACAAAUUAUAUAAUAUUAUAUAAUAUAUUACAAUAAUUUUCAAACUGUAUUUUCAUUUAUUAAUUUUUUUAGGUUUAAUAAUUAAACAAUUGUUUGUAUACCUUAUAUAAUUGUGUAAGCUUAAUUCUUAUUUUAAAAAGAAAACAAUGAUUGUUUAAAAAACAUUAAAAUAACAUAAAUUUAAUAAUAACGAAAAAUAAUUAAAAACGGUUGUCAAUGUCAACCUGAUUUUUAAUCUUUCAAUCUUUUUUAACCUGAAGACCGAGGUUAUCCUCGUUGUCUCGAAUAUUAAUGAGAAUUUCGAAAAAAUGACUUCUCUAAAGUACCACACAGAGGAAAUUUUCUUUCAGAAAAAAAGCUGUACUUGAUAAUCGGAGUAUGCUUUUUGGUAGAAAAAGUGUUCACAUAAAAAAAAAAAAUAAUAAUAAUAAACAUCAUUGUAAAACCAAUACGUUCCUCGUCCGCUCAGAAUCAAAAAUACAUAGGUAAUAAAAUAAAUCCAAUAGAUCCCUCGCUUCACUCGGAAUCUCAAAUAUGUUAAUAUAUUGUAUAUAUAUAUAUAUAUAUAUAAAAAAAAAAAAACACACACACACACAAUAAUAUUGUAUUAUAUUGUUUUGUAAAAAGAAAUUCUCCGCGAUCAGAAACGCGGCGUUCUGAACCGUGACUUUCUAAAAAAAAGAAUCGCGGGCGUAACAGUAGUGCACGCCCUCCUCGCGCCAAAGGGGCGAACAACGGAUUUUGUUCGGCCGCGGAGGAGAGGACGGGACGGGCAGCGAAAAAAAAAAACCACCGAAUAAACGGCGACAGGCGGGGGUGAGAUCGGAGCGGUCACGAUUAUUUUAUUAUAAUGCGACGCCAUCGUCGGCGUCGUCGUCGUCGUCGUCCUCCCCCCCGCGGGACCGCAGCGACGCGCGAAAACGCGGUGGCGUAUACCUACAGGUACACUAUAUACAAUAUUGUAUGAUUGUAGGAAAAAAAUAACCGCCUGCUGCAGACGACGACGACGUCGACGAGAGAAAAGAACAACGUGCCGGCGGCGCGCACACAGGUGGCACACACCGCGCGCGGCGGCCGACCUGUCAGACCUUUUCACCUGUCACCCCUCCGGCGGCGGCGGCGGCGGCGGCGGCGGGAACGGACGGGGCGGUAUAAUCCGUGUCGGAUUACUGCUGCGAUGUGCGCGCGGGGUCGUUUAAUACCGCGGGCCGGAGCACCGAGCGUGCAGCGUGCGGGGAGCACUUCGCGGAGAUGUUUAAUACGACGGGUGGGAAAAAAACAAACCGUCCGGCCGGUGCGUCGAGGUUUUAUUUUAUUAUUUUUUUUUUUCGCGUUUCGGAUCGGUCCCGUUCCGCACUCGUCACGAUAGACGCGAUUAUAAACCCCCGUCCGAAACAAAUUUGACAAGUUUACCUAAUAAAAAAAAUAAAAAAAAAAACUAACCGAAAUUAAAUUUGCGCCUAUUAUGCGGACAGUUGCCGCGUCCAGCUCGCGAAAAUGCGUGUCGAGAUUCGGGACACCUCCCGCUGAAAAAUAAAAAAAACCCAAAUCAUUCGACAAAUCGAAAAUCAAUCUUGUUCAACCAAGUCUCGGGUUUUUGGGACGAAGAUCUCAGGUUUUCUACGCCGAUACAAUGAGAACACGCUGGAGGGCUUUAGGUUCACGACAUAUUGGAAAAAAAUCAAACGAAAUCUGUUUGUUUGUGAACUGAAAUUUAUUUUCGCCGAAUAACUUUGAACUAUUGCAAUCAAGUUAGACAUUUGUAAAUUUUAAAUAACCCAAUAACUUCCAAUCGAAUCGAAUCAUUUAUGUUUUUUUUUUUUUUUUUUUUUUCAAGAAAUCUCGAAUAACUUCCCCGGUAGAGUGAAGUUGUUUUCCGAUAAAUAUAAUAUAUUGUUAUAAUAUUAUGUACACGGAGAUUAUGGCGCCGACAGAAAGUAUCACAAACAAUAUCCUCGUGGGAUUAUUAGUAUAAUGAUGCGGGUUUCGAUUUAACUACGCGCGGAGUUUGCAUUGGUCUACCCAGUAGAAUAUUACGAUAAAAUAUUAUUCGCGGCCCGUACUAUAAUGCAUUCUGUCGUGGAAACGCGAAAAUAGUACGCGUUUUACAUCAAACCGGUACACGAUAAUGGAAUUCGUAGCGAAAUUCAUAAAAAAAAAAAAAGACACUUAAUACGGUAAUUAUCGAUUCGGGUAUUGUUCGAAUUUCCUUUUUAGGUGCCCAAAAUCUUAAAUUCAUAACGAAGUGAGGAAUAAAUUGGUUUCACUGUAAUUUAAAUGAUAUUUGUGUGUGUGUGUGUGUUUACAACUAUUCUACCAAAAAUAUUACUUUUCAAGUAUAGCAUCUUUUCCAGCUGGAAGAAAAUUUUGUCUUGUUUGUGUUUCGGGGAUAACCGUUUUAUUUAUUUUUUUUAUAGUUUUCCCACUUAUAAUUGGAAAAGGACGAAAAAAUAACCGGCGAUAAACGAUUCCGUUAUUUUCGAUUUCGUUUUUUAUCGUAGUGGACGAAAAAGGUAGUGAAUGGUAUUAGUUCGAAAAAUGAUAAAAAAUCGCCGAUAACAAUAUUGGCUUGUAGUUAAUGUUCUUUUUCAAUCGUAUAUGUACACAAAUUUAACGAGAUAAUUCUAACUCCAAUUAAUAUAAUAUUAUUUCUGACACGAACGCGCUGAAAAUGACAAAAAUUAACAUUUACCGUUUAUAUUUUUACGUAUUUCGUACGGAUUUUAUGAAUGUAUACUUUCUAAUACCAUUCGUGUAUAGUUAAAUAUUUUAGAUUCUGAGUUUAGCUAAGAAUUUAUUGGUUUUACAUAGACGUUUGUUUUUUUUUUUAUAUGUGAACACUUUUUCUACUAGAGAGCUUACUCUGAUUAUCAAGUAUAAUAUCACAUUUUUUGAGUGGGUGGUAUUUUAGAGAGUUAAUUUUUGAAAUUCUCAUUGAUAUUCGAGAUAGUAAAGAAAAUCUGGUUCUUUAGGUUAAAAAAGAUUAAAAGAUAACAAAAUAAGGUUGUCAUUAGCAACCGUUUUUAUUUAUUUUUUGUUAUUAUUUAGUUUUUAUUGUUUUAAUCUUUUUUCAAACAAUCAUUGUUGUCACGGGAACGCACAUUGUUGUAAUCGUUUUACCAUAAUAUGACAUUUAAUAUAUUGUUGACAAAGCAACACUAUCAACUGAACUCCGCUCAGAAUCAUUUUUCGUUAGCAACGGUUUACCGUUGCUUACGUCCGUAAGCGACAUAAAAUACGCAUACGUUAAAUUCCCGUCUGUAUCCUACCUUCCCAACGGCCAACCUCUAAAGCCCACGUGGGCGAAGCAUGUCCGUGUUUUUUUUUUCGUUAUUAAUUUAAACUACAUAAUAUACACGUACGCGCCUAAAUCCGUUCCCUAGUUACGACACGUCCCCAAACCAGGAAUAUUGCCCGUAUAACGCGCAGUUAAACGGCGCGAACGAGCGGCACAAUCCCGUCGACAAUGGGAGACGCUCGACGGCGACUCGACAGAAGAAAAAUAAUAAUAUAAAACAAACACGCGCAUCUGCCCCCGCGCAAUAUUAUCGUUAUCCGGAGUGUUUGCCUUCGUAUAUUUAUACAUUCUCGCCGACGUCGUUGUAGUGUUUGCUCAGUAGUAGUAGCAGUGGAACUACUACUAUAUUACGGUCGUAUCUCCCGAGUCAAACAAAUUAAACGGAUAAAUAAAUAUUGUGUAGGUACACGCGCGCGCGUGUGCACACACGUCGUGCGAUCCAGAAGCAAAGAGAGAGAGAGAGAGAGAGAGAGAGAGAGAGAGACGACGAUCAGUAUAUACUACCGUGGCACCGUGCGGCAAAACCUUGGCGGAUUGCAAAAAAAAAAAUAGGCUGAUAAUGCUGGACUGGUACGUCGCUACUUUGGGAGAAAAGUUGCAGGAAGGAAGGAUGUAUACGGGUAAAUUAAUUCGUAUUCAUAAAACGAUUUUGAACUGAGUAUCGUCAGCCGUAUUUGCUCGCUUGUUGCCAAUUGUACGGCAACCGGGAAAUCAACGCAAAUAUCAUAUGAGAAAUUGCCAAAAUUAAAAAAAAAAACAAAAAAACACCUCCCCAACAUCAAAAAAUUAGAUCGAAAACGCCGCGAGAAAGUUCUUAUAAAGUUUUCGAUUUGAGCGAGAUUUGCAAAACAAUCGGACGAUUUUUUGAGCAAUUUUUCGUUUGUUUUAUAUACGGAUAAAAUUGUUUUGGUCGCGUUUCAAAUGCACAAAGUAGAAAUUCGAGUGUAACGCUGAAAAAUGUCUUGUAGUUUGUGAGCUUUUUACGUUCGUGAAAAUCGUAAAAAUUACGGCAUUUCAAAUAGAACACGACGUUUAAUCGAAUUUCGGCCAGAAUCGUGUUUGAUCAUCGACGAAUCAUCGUCGCGUUCUGCUGACGCGUGUCCUAUCUUCCCGAUUACCCACCUGUAAUAACAGUGGCACACCCGUCAGCACUCAGAAGUAUCGGCUAUUUUUUUUUUUUUUUUUUGUUCGUUUUCGUUUUGCCUAGACACAUCCCCCACUCUGAAUAUCCGACCGACCGCGCGGAUAACAAUAUUAUUUUUUAACGUUUAAAACCGUAUUUACAUACCGUUUAAUAAACUGAAAACUAGUCGUCCGGGACGACGGGCAGCGAACUGGGCCGCAGCUGCGGUGUAAUACAAUUUACUCGUACGGCGCGUAUACUUGUACAUGUUUAUUAUUAUUACGGACGCGUUCCGAAACCGACAUUUCGUAAUAAUUAAUGCGCCGCGUUUCGAUUUACGACUAAUUCGUGCGUGCCGGACGUCAUUUUAUUGCUCUCGUGAUUUUUUUUUUUUUUUUUUCUACUCGACGAUAAAUUCGAUUUUCUCUCUCUCUCUCUCUCUCUCUGUCUCUUUCUCGCGGGCACACUCCACGUAACCACGUAGCCAGCCGUACGCACGUCUGUACCGCCGGCCGUAAAGUGUACGCUUCGGUUUUUCUGUUUGCGGUUUUUGGCCCACAGAUUUGUAUACAACGUGUCGCCGUACGAAAUCCGCCGCAGAGACGUCCGGAGACCGAGAAACUGUACUGUCGCGCACACUGUACUGCCGCUCCAAUAACAGCCUACAAUUAUAGUCGUGUGUCCUCCGUCGUGCAGGACACACGGUUGUAGUUCAUCGUUUCCGUCACGAUAUUCCGAACACUGAUAUGUUUCGGCCGAGAAUUUCACCCUCCCCCCCACACUAUUGUUUUAUCAACGGAACAGAAAAAAAAAAAACAAUAUAGUAUUGUCGGCAUUUUAGAGGGAUUUCGAUAUAUUUUUUUUUGGUGUUACGCACACGUAACACAGCAGUUUAGAUUUCAGACUGAAUUUGUGUCCAUCAGUCACCACAAUUUUAUCGAUUUCAUUUUUGCUAUUUUUUUAGAUUCUGAGGUUUAGCGAAGAAUGUUUUGGUCAAUCAGCGUUGUAAAGUAUUUUAGUAUUGGUAUUUAAAUAUUUUUCCAAGUAUUAAAUACUAUUUAUUUAAAAGUAUUUGAGUAAAUUUUAAAUACUGUCACUGUAUUGAAUACCUUCAAAUACAUUUUAGUCAUAAACAUUUAUAUUAUUUCAUCCGGUUUACCCAGAAGAAUAUUUCUAACUACGCUUCUGGUUAACCAGUUAUUAUGAUAACCUAGCAGUGAAUGUGUUUUGGGUUUUUAUAGUAUUUUUCGAUAAUUUUAAAAUAAUUUAAAUUUAGUUGGUCAAACCCAAAACAAAGCUCUAUUUAUAUUGAGAAUUUGAAAAAAAAAAACCUGUUUCGCCAUUCGGGUAACUAUAUUGUUAUCAUUAAUACAGUUAAGUAAUUGGAAAAAAAUAUUAUUUAAAAUUGUGCUCAAAUACUUUUUAAAAAAUUAUACUUAAAUACAUUAUGACUACCACAAUUUAGAGAAAACGGUGUAAACGCGUAGGUUUAGCUUGAAGUAUUAUUAUUAUUAUUUUUUUUUUUUUUUUUAUGGUUUUACGGUGACGAUAAAAUUGAAAGCUCGCGUAUACGUUCAAUGUACAUAUUUUUAGUGAGCGUAUAACUAUAAUCAACGAAUUUUCUUACGGAUAUCCGCAUAAACCCAAACGUAGGGACCACCCGGGCGUUUGUCGUAUACCCGUUUAUGCGAAUACUCUCCAAUACACUAGGCGAUAUACCCACUGCGGAUGAUGACGGUGUAGUGUUAUUAAUAUUGUACUCGGAGUCCGGAUCAACGGUUACCUAUUAUUUUGUAAGUUGUACAUUUCCAAUGCUGAAUAGACGGUUUACACGAUUUGUUUGUAUUUUAACACGGCCAAUGGAUGGGAGGGGAGGGAGGGGUAAGGUUAUAGGUAAUAAAAUAAAAUAUCCAUUUGUAUAUUUCAUUUCUCUACAAUAAUAAAUAGAUUCGUUAGGUAAGAUUAGGUGAAAGUCAUGAAUAUAGUUUUUAUUGUUUUCUGUCUGACCGUCGUCGUCGCUAAAUUUCGCUCGGUGACACGUUAUUAAUUUAUUAUUAUCACUGAUCCGAGAGCAGCUUUGUAUACUUGAGACGGUUGAUUUAUCAAAGACUUUUUUUUUUUACACGGGACGCUAUCUCGCGUGUUCACAGUCCGGUUGGCUGUCCACGGCGGUUUUUAUAUUAUUAUCCGCGUGUUCGACAGUUACGGAUACGUUCCGUCUAACCCGAUAAUUUUAUCCGUGUUCGCAGGAAAAGUGCGGUCCACCACUGCAAGGAUGGCGCUAUUGUCCAGUGCGGCGGUGUUGCUGUCGCUGCUGCUGGCCGGCGGUGCGACAACGAUGACGGCCGCCUACGUCCCGGAGACGUGCGAGGACGUGCGCUUGCGGUGCGCGUUCGGCUCGGGCUGUUCGGUGGCGCUGCACAACUACUUCAUCAAGUGCGACAGGAUCCUCCAGAGCAACCCGACGACGUGCCCCGAGACGUGCCUGUACUCGCUGGUCGCGCUCACGUCCACUGGCGACGGGAAACGAUUGAUGGACGUGAGUACAUCGCUACGGCUAUAAGUCAUUCUAGUGUUGUAACAUUACCGUCGUCGCCGUCGUUCGCUGUUUGAAUUGGACGCCGACGGAGCGGCGCCGAAAAGCGGUAGGAUCGCGGAUAACCGUUGGCGCUCAGCGGCCCUUUUUGAACGCCGCGACUCUUUUCGUUUUUGAUUGUAGUUUGGUACGCCCGAUGUUUUUUUUUAUAAAAUACGCGUUUCGCGUGUCGGCGAUUUUGCAAUGAAACCGAAGGAAGAGCUUUUUUUUUUUUGGGGGGGGGGAAGGGGGAGCGGUUGGAUUUUCGUUUCUUUCGCUGAACGAAUCAUGGCCGAACGUUGUUUGUCGGAGAAAAGCAAUUUCGCGUGAAGAUUUCGUUUUUUUUUUGCCAAAGGCGUUAAAAGGCGAGUUAAAAUUAACUCGGUUUAUUUUGUUUUGGGAUAUUUUGUCAAUAAACGGGGAGACGAAUGGGUAAAAUAAUUGUCUUUAUUGCUCCGCGCAUGAUAUACGCAACGGUGUCCCACAAAAGUACACCCAUUGCAAUAUAUCCCGAGUUUUUUUAUAUUACUCGCACGGCUAAGGACUACAGACAUUUAUAAUUGAAUCACAUUUUUAUAUUUUAGUAAAAAACUAAAAAAAACUAACUUUUUAUUAUAUUUUUUUUCGAAAAAUUUGAAGAUAGAUUUUUAUAGGAUUUUUUCUUCUAAAAAUGUUGACGUUUCAACUUUUUAUUUUCAUUACAACCGUGAUUUUUAAUAAUUUUUUAAAGUUCAAGUACAAAUACCUAUGCAGCAGGCUGUAAUCACGUUCCCUAAUUGAUUAUUAUUAUUAUGGCUAAUUGACGGUCCAUUUUUUUUUUUCUGAAUUUUAAUAAAUUAUUAAAAAUUACGAAUUUAAUGAAAAUAAAAAGUUGAUACUUUAUAGUUUGAUUAUCUUUAUUGUUUCUGGAGAUAACACAAUGGGUAUAUCGUGGGACAUAUGUAUACAUGUAUACAAAUUCAAAAAAAUUCUAGGGAAUUUACCUUGGUUGGUAUGCUUGAGAUCAGCGGUCGACCCUGAGACUGGUCGUUGAUUAAAUUGUGUUUAAUGUAUACAAAAUAUUGUAUAUUUAGUUGGGUGUAUCGGUAAACGGUAAAAUGAUCAUUGGGAGGGGGGGUGGAUGGGAGAGGAGAAAGUCUAAACAUAAAUAUUAUAUACAGAAAAAAAAAAAGAUCUGACAAUUUUUUUCCCAAAAAUAUAUUCCAUAAUAUACUCUUAAUCGUAUGCCGUAUCGUCAAUAAUGCCAUUGGAAUAUUAUAAAUAAAAUAUUUACUUUUUCUUGUACUGCAAUCGUUUGUUUUUUACUCUAAGACACGACUUGUAGUCUGCAAUAACAUCGGGUCUUUUCUCCGGAAUAUAGAUAAGAUUUUUUUUUUUUUUUAUUUUCGUUACUCGUGAUAACGAAUUUUAUGUACGCGUAAACUCUCAGACAGCGAUCCCGUGGUAAAUAUUCAUGUACAGCGAUUUGCAAUAUCCAAACCCGCCGGGUUCGAGUCUCCCUGCAACCCCGACGUCGUGACAAAAUAUAAUACCGUUUCUAUCGAAAAAUCGAAUUUUUUUUGUUGUUUUUACGUUUAACCGAUAAUUUAUCAAUGGUUCCCUCUUCCCUUCGAUUUCGUAUACAUUGAAAACUAUAUAAGUAGAUAUAUAGCGUCUUGCUUCGUUAAUGUCACCAGUGAUGGCGAACAGUGUCGUACAGGUAUUACACGUUUGUAUUAACCGUCGUCGUACCAUUGGAAAUAAAAUAACAACACGCGUACAAACAACGAAACAAUAAUAAAAAACAAACCCGAGAAUAAUUUAACGUCAUCCGGGGGAUUUAGAUGUUUUCGGAAAAAGAUUUUUUAAUUGGGCGGACGAAAAAAAAAUGUAUGCACUUCAAUGAAACUGCUGUCCGGUUGGCAAUACGACCGUCGGUUCUCGUGAUAUAUGUUUUAAAUUAAAACGUGCAUGUAUGUAGGAGAAGUAUAAUAACGAUAAUAUAUUAGUAAAAAAAAAACCGCCAGAAUCGAUGAUCUUCGACAGAGAGAGAAAGAGAGAGAGAGAGAGAGAGAGAGAGAGAUACUAUUAAAAUCCACACGAUAUAAUAUUAUACGGUAUAAUUUACGCGCUCGUUUAAUACCGGACAUGUUUCGUCAACGAAAACAACCGGUAAAAACCGUUUUGACGUUCGAGUGUAAUAAUUUACUUACGUCUUGAUAAUAAAAAUGUCGUCCGGAGAAAACUACAUUCGCAUGGGUAUAAUAUUUUACGAUUCGUUACACAGAAUACGGUACAGGCAAGGACGAAUUGCAUUUAUUUCAGUUGAAUCGCGCUUGGAUUAAAAAAAAAUGUAUAACGGUCGAAUUGCCGAGAACGGCGAGUGUUUCAACGGAAAUGUCCGGGAAAACAAACAAGAUAUUUUAAAAGUUUAAUUUUUUUCGGACAUUUUCGACGGGAACCAUCUCGGAAUUCACGCGUAUAGUACGAUAACCGUAAUCCGGACCAGGGCCGUGUUCGUUCGGGGCGGAGGGCCGAGCCGCCAAAAGUUAUUCUACACAAUCCGUUAGGUUUUUCACCCGAAAUUUUAUUAUAAUCAAUAUUUAUCAACGCGUAACCAAAAUCAAUAUAAUAAUAUUAUCGCAAAUAGCCGCGAGGAAACCAGACGUUUCCAGUUGACCGUAAAACGUAUGAAUAAUAAUACUCACGGGACGUUUUCGAGAAUUGGACCGAUUCUCGGUUUUUUGCGAAAUUCAUAUUUGUCAUUUUGCGCUACUUGCAUACGAUGAAUUAUAGUAAAAACAUCAUUAAUAAUAAUAUAUUGUACCCUUGAAUAAACUAUUAUAAUAUGACGUCGGACGGUGUUGUUUUUUUUUUUUUUUUCCCACCGCAGUGUACGUGCCGGGACCGGUACUGCGUCCAGGUGAAAUCCCGGUUGGAGGUGUGCCGGCCAUUGGUGGUCGAGAUGGCCAGAAACGAGACGGUGGUGCCGUGCGAGCUGGCCCAGUGGCUGUGCAUGGUGGACCCGGUUUGCGACGCGGCGCUGAGCUACUACACCACAUACUGCAAGCGCAUGAUCCAGGGAUCAGCGUGCACGGAACGGUGCCUUAA